AUGCUCUCCCAGCUCAUUGUUCUCAUUGGCCUUUAUGCCUGUAUCGUCACUUCUGCAGUCAUUUCGAGCCGCGAUGCUCCUACUGUGACUCUAGACUCUGCGACGUUCACUGGGACAACUGAUGGGUCCGUCUCCAAGUUCUUGGGCAUCCCAUUCGCUCAACCCCCCACCGGGGAUCGUCGUUUCCAAUUACCAGAAACUAUUCCAGCGUACAAUGGGUCGUACGAUGCGAGCGCUUUUGGGCCAUCUUGUCCGCAACAGGCCGUCAAGCUACCGAUUCCCACAGGAGUACCAGCGGAAGCUGUGGAUUACAUCGUCAAUUCCAUCUUCACUGCAAUUCUUCCUGAUGAUGAGGAUUGUCUGACUAUUAAUAUUCUGAAGCCAGCGACCGCCACUUCAGACUCUAAGCUUCCUGUCGUUGCGUGGAUUUUUGGUGGUGGCUUUGAGCUUGGUGGUACAGCUAUGUACGACGGCACUAGCAUUGUUUCUCGGUCAAUCGCUCUGAAUGAGCCAAUCAUCUAUGUUUCGAUGAAUUACCGAGUUUCUGGCUUCGGUUUUCUUGCGAGUAAGGAAGUCAGGGAAGCUGCCGUUGGUAACCUCGGGCUCCACGACCAAAGAGAAGCUCUGAGAUGGAUUCAGAAGUAUAUACCUGCGUUUGGUGGAGAUCCUUCGAAAGUGACGAUAUGGGGCGAAUCUGCAGGAGCUAUUUCAGCUGCGAUGCAUAUGAUUGCCUACGAUGGUGACACUCAAGGCCUUUUCCGUGCAGCGUUCAUGCAAUCAGGGUCCCCGAUCCCUGUUGGAGCUCUUGAGGGAGGACAGAAAUAUUACGAUGACCUCGUGGUUCAGACGGGAUGCUCUGGUUCUGAUGAUACACUUGCUUGUUUGAGGACGGUCUCAUACAAAACGCUGAAAGCGGCAAUCGACAAUUCGCCUUCUAUAUCUGAUUACCAGUCGUUGGCUUUAGCCUGGCUACCUCGUGCAGACGGCGUCCUCUUCUCCGAUAACCCGCAGCGACUCGUAGAGCAAGGUAAAAUUGCUAAUGUUCCCAUAGUGAGCGGCGACUGUGAUGAUGAGGGGACAUUGUUUUCCUUCGCUUCGCUCAAUGUCACGACAAGCGCAGAGGUUGCAACAUAUCUCAAGACAGUGAUUUUUCCGAAUAUAUCAGACCAAGAUCUCAACACGCUACUAGAUCUCUAUCCUGCAAACCCUCUUGAAGGCUCUCCAUAUGAUACCGGAAUAUUGAAUGUCUUAACGCCUCAGUUCAAGAGGAUCGCCUCGUUUCAGGGCGAUGCGGUAUUUCAGGCACCUCGCAGGUUCUUCUUACAAAACAUUUCUGGAAAGCAGAAUAUAUGGGCCUUUCUGAGUAAACGCCUGAAGCUCGUUCCGCUCUUGGGAGCCUUCCACGCCAGUGAUAUCCUCAAUGUUUAUUUCGGUGGAGAUAUGGCAGAUUACCUCAUUCGUUUCGCUGCUACUUUGAAUCCUAGCGGGAGUACUGGCAUUCAAUGGCCCCAAUGGACUACGAAUUCCCCCAAUCUACUCACGUUCAACGAUGGUCUCUUGCCUUUGACUAUUACGCAAGACACAUACCGUGGGGAUGCGAUGAAUGGGUUGUCGAAGAUCUUAUUGGCCAAUCCAAUUUAAUCUUUGUGCGGGGACUGC